GUCAUUGUUAUUGCAGCAGCAGUUGCGGCUGUUUUAGUUAAUCCACCAUUGGAGUACCAUGGUCAUGCACAGCCAUACAAAUUUGGAUACAGUGUCAAGGAUCACCAUGGUGAACAGCACAGGGAAGAAUUCGGAACCGGAGACCACGAGUACCAUGGUCAUGCUCAGCCAUACAAAUUUGGAUACAGUGUCAAAGAUCACCAUGGUGAACAGCACAGGGAAGAAUUCGGAACCGGAGACCACGUAACGGGCAGCUAUGGAUUCACCGAUGCACGGGGCGUUCACCGGCAAGUCAAUUACGUAGCUGACCACGGUGGCUUCAGAGCCGAAGUCAAGACCAAUGAGCCAGGAACAGCCAACCAGAACCCUGCUGCCGUUCACCUCGUUUCAUCUGCUCCUGCUUACGGUAACCUAUACGGUGGAUAUGGAUAUGGUGGAUAUGCAGGUCAUGGACGUGCCGAUCACGGACCUGAGUAUGGAGGUUAUGGACUUGGAUAUGGCCGUCUUGGAUACUAUGGUGCCGGAUAUGGUGGAUACGGUUUAGCCAGUGCCUUGUUGGGUACUCUUCCCUAUGCCCGAUACGGUUAUUAAGUGAUAUCUUUCACCUACACUUUCUUGUAAUUCUUUUAUUUGUGACAUCUAGUGAUAUCUUUCACCUAUACUUUCUUGUAAUUCUUUUAUUUGUGACCUCUAGUGGUAUUUUUUGUAUAUAAAGUUUUCUACGCCUUCUACCAAAGAUUUUCAUACUCUUCCUACAUUUUUUCUCGUUAUUUUAAUUUUUGAUAUAAUUUCUUACUUUCA